AUGGCUGACGGUUCAGAAGUGUUUCAAUUCCUUCUAGACACUCUAAAUGGUCAAAUCAACAAUAAUGAGACGUCUUCUGGAAUUCCAGAAUUUUCUGGAACCAAUAAUCAAAAUCUGGAAGAACAAGAAAUUCCAGAGAUUUUGAAAGUCAUUAUGGAUUUUCAAAAGAAUUCUGUCCCAGAAGACGUCGUUCCAGAAGACGUGGAAUCUGAAAAUCCCAUCUUCAACUUGUUAAACCAGGGAAUUCAAAAUAAUGAGAAAGAUCCGGAAAUUUUGGAAAAACUGAAUCGAUUUUUUUCGAUUUCAUCGAUUGAUCAGGUGGAUCACGAUCAGAAUUUUGAGAAAAAUAACGAAAUUGAUAUGGAUGACACCACGGAGGAAUGGCGGGAAGAGUAUCGAAAAUUGAAUCAAAAUGAGACGAAAUUCGAUAAAAAGGAUGAGGAACGUCGCCGCCAGAUGGCCAAGAACCGGGAGUACGCCAGAAAAUGUGUGCAAAAAAAGAAGGAUAUGCGAAAGCAGGCGGAAGUCAGAAGUGUUCAAAUUCAACGACGAAUUCAGCUUCAACAAAAAAUCACGGCGAUAAAAGAGAAAAAUGCGAAUUUCGCGGUGGAUUUGAGAAAAAUGACUGGGGAGACGCAGAUUUUGGAGGAGCAGAAGACGUAUGAGCAAUCGAAACAAGCUAUGAAUCAGAAGUUUGAUUCGUUGUUUGCAGUAGAUGAAACUGUCAACUUGAAUUUUCAUAGAUUCGCAAGUGCCCGUGAGGAGUUUGAAAAAGCGGCGACCGAUUUACGGAUUAAAAAUGGGGUGAUUGGAACGUUAGGCUCUCGAAAAAUUCGAGCAAAACAGCAAAUGGAAUGGCGACAACAUUUGUAUGAUAUUUCUGUUAAUGAGCAUAAACUUCGCCGCGAGACCAAACUCUCAGAAUUGGCAGAUAACUAUGUGAAGAAUACAGUACCCAAAGCUGCUCCACUGAUCCAAUCGAUACCGAAAGACGUCCUGGAUCAAUUGAUUGAAAACAAUCGGGCCGCUGAUCUGGAAGAGUUUUAUCGAUUUGUUGUUGAUAAUUCCACUGAUAGCGCUCCUCAUUUUUUUGUUGAUAAUAGUGAUAAAGUUGUUAAAUAA